UCAAAACAAACUGACGCCCAUGGGUAUGUGUUCUUACAUGUCACAGUCAGGACCAAUCGCACAGUGAGGACCAAUAUCAACCAAUAGCACAAGGAACUUACGGCACUCUGUGUAAAAAAAAAACUUUUUUUUUUCUUUUCUCCACUGUGACAUAUUAUUAGGAUUCAGUAUAUUAGAGGUUUUGAUACAUUUUAGAUUGGGAGAGGGAAAAUGAGAGGAUUUUAUAUAGUAACGCAUACAUCAGAUAAUUUCCAUGGGAUGCUUUUCUGUUGCCUUGCUCAUGGGUCAACCAUCCUGUCUGUCUGCUACGGUCUCCUCUGAGUGCCUCUGAAGAAAUGAGACAUCCUUAACGAUGUCUGCCUUUGGACAACCUCCACUGAAUGAGCUGGAGGAAUGAGGCAUGAGGACAGUGAAGCCAUAAGCAUACUGACCAGAAAACCCCCCCACCACAUCUUAAUAGGCUACUCAUGAUUGAGAACUGCAGGCAUACAUCAAAGACGCAUACACACACAUACCUUGACAUGUUAGACACUCUCUUAAGUCUAAAGUACAAAGGGCCAUUUAUGAUUAUGUUUUACUCUGCAUACUUUUUGGCCUGUGCACAAACUGACCACUGGGAGUCCAUGUAAAGCUUCAAGCUUUCCAUUUCCUGGGCAGCAGAUUACAUGUGUCCAUCUCCUUCCUGUACACUUAUUGAUCAUACCUGUAGGACAAAAUACGUAUAUUUAAGUGUGUACACAAAAUAAUUGUGUACACACUUAGGCAUAAAAGAAGCUCAACCAAAAGUUUCAUCCUUUGUGUGAGAAAUUAACAGGCUCAUUAUAACCUGUAGCAAAAACAAGAAUGUCAUACACUAAUUAAAUAAUUUAGAUCUUCCUAAAUGCUUAUUUAAAUAGCUUUUGAAACUUCUUAAGAUCAAUGGUGUAUAUGUUCACGUUUCCAAACAGACAACAACCCUUGUAAGGCAGUGACGAGAAAAUGCUUUUUCCUGUAAUUUCUUUAGUCCUCCAUUGUGUCACUUCUUGUCCUCCAGUAGUCUUACUGAAAUAAACAGACAUGCUGAAAAAAGAGAUUGUGCAGGAAUGUUUUUAACAGCAGUAUUUAAGGUAAAGCACACCUAACAGCCAUAAAUGUUCACUCGGCAUAUAGCUUGUGUAUUUGUUUGUGAACAUGUCUACGUAUUUGUUCGACGUCAUGGAAGGUGAACUGCACAGUCAGCAAGCGUUAAGAGGAAGUUGACAAAAGUUGCGUUUAGAGGAAGUCGUCAAGAGUUUCGAGAGGUUCAGGAGACGCGUUCGUUUCACACAGUAUGGAUGGUUGUUUUAAAAAGUCUUCAAAAUGAUCCCCAGCAAAUCAUUCUUGGUUCUCUUUGGGGGCCUUAUUGUCUGUUGUGUUAUGGGAAGGUGUUUAACCUCUAUACCAAGUGUAGAUUGUUAUAUUGUUAAUUUGGAAAAUGUAAACUGCACCUGGAAUUGCGAUAGUGAUGUAAGCUUCUCUUUCAGUUACUGGACUCCAGACGGUGUCCCAUCAUCCAGAAAAUAUACUGAGUGCCCAACUUACCAAGUUAAGGAUGGCUGUAGUGUCGGCUGCAUCUUUCCUUUUCAUCAAGGAAAUAGAUUCAAGCACCUGCACACCUCACUGUUUCAUGGGGCCACACAGAAAAAUCAGACACAUGAUAUGCGCAUUGAUGUGAAACUUCACCCACCUCAGAACCUAACCGUGUUGUGGAAUAACACUACUGGAGAUGUGUCUCUAUGGUGGAAUAUCAGUGGACCUGUCAAAGACACUUGUGUUGAGAGUAUGAUUUCCUACCGGAUGGACUCAGGGACAUGGCAGGACUUAAAAGAGCUUUUGCCUGCAAGCACUUCCUACACUUUUGCCAAAGUCUCUCGGACAAAAUCAUACAUGUUUCGAGUCAGAAGUCGAUAUGCCAGUCAUUGUAAACAGUUCAAAUAUUGGAGUGACUGGACUGCAGCUGUUCAGUGGGGACCUGUGGAGCCCAGCAAUUCAGCAGAUAUCUCAGUCAAAAAGGGCCUAUAUGUGGCAUUUGGAGUUGUGGCCCUGGCCAUCAUCCUGAUCAUCAUGGUCCGCGUGCUAUUAGAAUGUGAGAGGAUCAGGGUGAUCUUUGUUCCAGUGGUUCCUGACGCAACCAAAAAUCUCAACGAUCUCUUCUAUGAUUAUGGUGGCAAUGUUGAGGGAUGGGUACAAAUAUCUCCAGAACUGAGGGAUGCCUUUAAAUCGGACUUCAAUGAGACGGCUUGUGUUGUGAGGGAGACCGCAACUCGUUGAAAAACCAGCCUGUAUAAUGCUGCAAUGAGUUUGUUUCCAUUCUAUGUAAUGUGUAAACAUUUAUUCAUAUGUGUGCAUUGGUUUCAUCAAGCAAGGUUUACUCAGAGCUGAAAAUAUACUACACUGAGCCAGAGAGAGUUUGUUACUGAAGACUACAUUAUCCAAUGUGCUUUGUGUGUAUUACUGUUAAUUAUCAUUUUAAAAUCACAUCCAUCCAUCCUUUUUUGUAUUGAAUAUUACUAUUUGCUGAUUUUUUUUAUUUGCAUCCCUCUGGUUCAGUCAUUUCAUUAAUAUCACCAAACAUUUUAAUCACAUCUCUGUUUAGCUAAAAACACAUUUUGCACAAAACUUUCUACAUUUCUAAAUGUAUUUCACAUUAGCAAUGGAGGAUCUGCCGCUUUUGAAGGUUCGCCGAAAUGCUAAUCUGACCAGAGAGCAACAGCUGACUCAAAAUGUGUCUCAAAUUUGUGAUGGACUGUUCAAGAACACCAUGUUGCUUAACCACAUAAUACCUGAGCCAAUUGCAAGGUUUUGCCUGAAAUUGCACAGCGCUUACUUCAGAGGCCAUUAUUCCCAUCUAGUUUGGCCUAUAAGGAAAUGAUUGAACUCUGAAAAGCUGAGACCCUCAGAAUUACUGUGUGAAGUACUAACACAGAGUUAUAUAGAAUAUUUGGUGAGGUAUGCCCAUGCGUUUUGCAAAAUGCCCUAUGGAGACUGACCCCAAAUAUGACCUUUGGUUAUACCCAAAAUGCAUACUGACAAUAAAAGGCUCAUACUGACAUACUCUGUGUAGAAGCAUAAUCUUGGUCUCAAAUGAAAGGUAACACUCUGAAGCUCUAAUGCUCAGUCAAUUUCCACUGAAUAAAUAAUGGUUGAUGAUGAUUUCAGAGUUAUUUAUUAGGAUAUUUAUUGUAUUGGGAUGUUAGAUGUCUCAGUCAUUUUUAUAAAUAUGUGAUGCCAUGCCUUAUCAUUCCAUUUGUGUUUGUAAUUUGUAAAUAGACUGUAAAUAAACGGUUUAAUAAAGCCAACAUUUUGAUAUUU